AUGUCCGAAAAAAAAGAUAUCGAGUCUGCUAAGUCACUCCACACACCAGAGGUGAUCUCUGUGAAUGUAUCUGAUGCACACAGAAGCGCACCUCAACGGUUCUUCGAUUCGUUCAAGCGUAUGGAGUUUGAUGAUGAUAUCGAUCCGAACCUUUCUGAGGUCGAGAAAGCCGCCAUUGCCACGGCCAGAUCGCCGUUGAACAGAAGUCUAAAGAAUAGACAUCUCCAGAUGAUUGCCAUUGGUGGAGCCAUUGGUACUGGUCUCUUUGUUGGUUCGGGUGGGGCGCUUUCUUCUGGAGGCCCAGCUGCCGUUCUGAUUGGCUGGAUCCUGGUGGGAAUCAUGAUGUACAGUACUGUUCAUGCUUUGGGAGAAUUGGCAGUCGCUUUCCCUGUUUCUGGAGCAUUUGUCACAUACAACACUCGUUUUAUCGACGCUUCCUGGGGUUUCACCAUGGCCUGGAACUACGCCAUGCAAUGGCUGGUGAUUCUGCCUUUGGAACUGGUAGCUGCCUCUUUGACCAUUCAGUUUUGGAAUUCUUCCAUUAAUACGGUUGCAUGGGUAGCAAUAUUUUAUGUGCUAAUUGUUUCCAUUAACUUUUUCGGCGUUAGAGGCUAUGGUGAGGCCGAAUUUGUGUUCUCUAUCAUCAAGGUGAUUGCCGUGAUCGGAUUCAUCAUCCUCGGUGUCGUCCUUGUCUGCGGAGGUGGGCCUAAAGGUGGAUAUCUAGGUGGCACUUACUGGCAAAAUCCAGGAGCUUUUGCUGCUGGCUUCAAGGGUGUCUGCAAUGUCUUUGUGACCGCUGCCUUCUCUUUUGGAGGGACCGAACUUUGUGGUUUGGCUGCAGCUGAGACUGCCAACCCUAAGAAGUCGCUUCCAAAGGCUACUAAACAGGUAUUCUGGCGAAUCACUCUAUUCUACAUUGUCUCUUUGACCCUGGUUGGACUUUUGGUUCCAUGGGACGACCCCAAGCUCAUCAGCAAAAACUCUGUCGAUGCCUCGGCUUCUCCUUUCGUGAUUGCCAUUACGAACGCUGGAAUUGGUGGUCUUCCUUCUGUGAUGAACGUGGUGAUUAUGAUUGCCGUUCUUUCCGUCGGAAACUCCUCUGUCUUUGGAUGCUCUAGAACUUUGGCUUCUUUGGCUAUUCAGGGUUUUGCCCCUAAAUGGGUCGGUUAUAUCGACAGACAAGGAAGACCUCUUGCGGGAAUUCUCAUCUCUUGUAUUUUUGGAUUGCUCUGUUUCAUUGCAGCCUCUCCCAAAGAAGGAACUGUUUUCAACUGGUUGUUGGCUCUUUCAGGUCUCUCCUCUUUGUUCACUUGGGCUUCCAUCUGCGCCUGUCAUCUUCGUUUCAGAAGAGCUCUUACUGUCAAGGGAAGAGGUGUUGACGAACUGGCUUUCACCUCUCAGUGUGGUAUCAUUGGUUCUUGGUUCGGUAUCAUCUUAAACGUUUUGAUUUUGAUUGCUCAAUUUUGGGUUGCUCUCUUUCCUAUUGGAGGAUCUCCAAACGCUGCCGAUUUCUUCGAGAGUUAUCUGACUGUUCCCGUCCUGAUAGCCUUCUACGUUUUCCACAAGUUGUGGAAAAGAAACUGGUCCUGGUUUAUUCGUGCAAAAGACAUAGACGUUGACACCGGAAGAAGAGAGGUUGACAUCGAGCUACUCAAGCAAGAAAUUGCCGAGGAGAAAGCGUUCAUUGCCUCCAAGCCAUUCUACUACAGAUUAUGGCAUGUCUGGUGUUAA